CAAGAACGCUCUCACCCCUCUCUCUCUCUCUCUCAAAACUCAAACCAGAAAUAACAGUAAACAUCAGUAUCAUGGAUUCGGCGUACUUCGUAGGAAGAUCGGAAAUUCUAUCUUGGAUAAACUCUACUCUCCAACUCAAUCUAUCCAAAGUCGAAGAGGCUUGCACGGGUGCAGUUCAGUGCCAGCUGAUGGAUGCGGUUCACCCUGGGAUGGUGCCAAUGCACAAAGUCAAUUUUGAUGCCAAGAACGAGUACGAGAUGAUCCAGAAUUACAAGGUCCUUCAAGACGUUUUCAACAAACUCAAGAUCACCAAGCAUAUUGAGGUGAACAAAUUAAUCAAAGGAAGACCUCUGGACAAUUUGGAAUUUAUGCAGUGGAUGAAGCAUUACUGUGAUUCUAUCAAUGGAGGGCUCGUGAGAAGUUACAAUCCUUUUGAAAGGAGAGAGACCUGCAAGGGUGGCAAAGAAGCUAACAAGAAAUCUGCAACAAUGCAACCUUCAACUAAAAAUGCGGCAUCUUACCCUAAAAAUGCCCCUCAUAAUGGACGGAGGAAUGAUGCAACUAAUGUGAACACAGCAAACCAACCCACUAAGGCCACUAGACCUAAUUCUAGUGGAGGGCCUCCUGUCUAUCCAGAAGCAGAGCGUGCUGCGUUUGAGCAACAGAUCACGGAGUUGAAGCUAUCAGUGGACAGUCUUGAGAAGGAGAGGGACUUUUACUUUGCAAAGCUGAGGGAUAUUGAAAUCUUGUGCCAGUGUCCUGAGAUUGAAAACCUUCUAGUUGUUGGAGCUAUAAAGAGGAUUUUAUACGCUGCAGAUGAUGAUUCAUCGGUGGUGGCAGAAGCUCAAGCCAUGAUAAUGGAGAACCAGCAGCAGUUAGCCGAAGACGAGCCAAAGGGGGAUAAUCAGAAGAGGAAAAAUAUUGUCAAUAUUGAGGUCGAAGCUGCUGCUAGCAACACAUUGACUCCAAGACAAAGGACUUCUGAUGCCUCAGAUGUUCAUUGUAGUGGAUCACCCCUCGUGACUUACUAAUCAUCUCAAUAUCAGGGAUCGACUGAAAGUUUGUCUGGUUUCAGACCUCAUUGUCUCCCACCAUAUAACUUCUUGUUCGUGUCAAGUACAAAACACUACAUUUCGAAUGCUAUCUUUGUUGUUGUCUGUCCAAUGUCUUAACAAUAACGUCUUACAAUGUUAGCACAGUAUUUGUAUAACUCUAUAUACUAUGUUGAAUCUGUUCCUCAAAUCUGAGAGUACUUUUCAAUUGUUA